UUGUAUAAACAUUGACCAUUUAUUGCCCUGUUAAAUAACCUGAUUUAGUAGGCUAUAAAAGAUUCCCAGCCUGAGUUUUUUUUCGUAAAUGAACUCCUUUGAACGCGGCUUCUAAUUUUCAAAAAAACUAAACAAUAUUUUUAUUAUUAUCUUUUUCAAAAAAACAUGAAGUGUUCAAAUUGUAAAGUUGAUAAAUUAUCACGAGAAUUUCCAACUGAUACCAUUAGUCAAAGGUGCAACCAUAUUUCUAGUUUUUGUUUAAAGUGUGUAAUAAACCAUAUAAAUGCUAAGACAGGAAACAAACAAACUGUAGUAAAACAAUGUCCAGAAUGUAAAAUGAAUCUUGAGGCAAAGGAAAUUAAGGAUUUAAAUGUAGCAUGGGAAAAAGCAUCAUUUAGAAUUGACGUAGAUAACAUUUCACAAUCACAUUCACAAAUAAAUCCAGCACGAAAUGGUGAAGUUGAUGGACAUGGUAAUGCUACUACAGGAGACUUUUAUGUAGUAUUAUUGAAUGGUACAAAAUUGAAAUUUAGGCUAGAACAUAUUAGAAGCGUUGGAGCUCUAAAAGAAGCUAUUAAAGCUCAAACUAAAGUUGAAACUAAUAAACAAAAAUUAAUUCAUAAAGGCGUUGAGCUACAAACUUACACAAAUCAAGGAAGAGUUCAAAUUCAAUUAUCAGAAUACAACAUAGUAGCAGAAAGUCACAUACAACUUAUUGUAUUAUUAUACUCUAUAUCGAAAGAAUUAUCCAUUAAUGCUUUAACUUUCGAUUUAUUUUGGGGUUAUCCUGCAACUGGAUGUGAUUAUCUAGAUGGUACUUGUAUGCUUUAUACGGGUACAGGAAAUAAUGCUGGUCAACUUUGGCGUCGCUUCGAUUAUCAAUCAACAAGUUUCCAUGAUAUUCCUAAUAUGGCACAUUCCGGUGAUGUUAUGGAUCACAGCAACAGAAGAGGACAUCAUCGUAUAACGGCAAAUUUAGCAUCAUUACCACAAACUGUAACAAAAUUAUAUUUUAUUUUAAGUUCAUGGAAUGCACCAAAUAUAGGCCAUUUUCCAAAUCCAUCAUUUAAAAUGUUUGAUCCUUCAAAACCUGAUAUACAAUUAUGUUCUUAUACUAUACAAUCUGCUGCUUCUUCACAAGCUGUUAUAAUGUGUGUUGCUGCAAAAAAUGGUUAUGAUGGUAACUGGAAUGUAUUUGAAGUUGGUAAGUUGUCUGCCGGUAAUGCAAAAAAUUAUGCUCCAAUUGAAACAACUAUUGGUAAUAUGGAUCAAUUUUUUGGAAUUUAAUUUGAAGGAAAGAACUUUAUAAGGAAGCUUAUUUUGUUAACGUGUUUUAAUUAAAUAUAAUCAUAAAUAAAGUGAAUAUUUAUAUUCAAUUCAAGUUAGCCAAUGACUAAAAGUACAGUUUUACAUUCAGGCUGAAGAAUUAACUAUUCUUCGAUAUAAACUUCGCCGAAAAUAUAACUAAUUACGUACAAUGGAGCGAAAAA